AUUCCGUAGAUUUUAGGCGGUUUGCACGCAAAACAAACUUAACUCGGUUGGGAUUACAUCUGUGGAGAGAUUUGUUUAUAUUCACCGUUCCCCGUUCGUCUGCAGUGUGCCUCAACCAAAGCAAAAUGUUCUACCAUAUAUCCUUGGAGCACGAGAUUUUGCUUCAUCCGCGAUACUUUGGACCCCAGCUAAUCGAAACGGUGAAGCAGAAACUGUACACCGAGGUUGAAGGAACGUGUACCGGCAAAUAUGGAUUCGUGAUCGCGGUAACAACAAUAGACGACAUUGGUUCCGGUACGAUACAACCGGGCCAGGGCUUUGUGGUGUAUCCGGUCAAGUAUAAGGCGAUCGUAUUCCGGCCGUUCAAGGGGGAGGUACUGGAUGCGACGGUAAAGCAGGUCAACAAGGUGGGCAUGUUUGCCGAGAUCGGACCCCUGUCGUGCUUCAUAUCGCACCAUUCCAUUCCGGCCGAUAUGCAGUUUUGCCCGAACGGGGCACCACCUUGCUAUCGAGCGAAGAACGGCGAAAGCGUGAUAGCGGCGGAGGACAAGAUUCGGCUGAAAAUUGUCGGUACACGCGUGGACGCUACUGGCAUUUUUGCCAUCGGGACGUUAAUGGACGAUUAUUUGGGCCUUGUUGGUAGUUAAUGACGGUGGACGAUUGGGUUCCUGACAAGUUAUCGAUAAACUAUAUUUAUAAGAAACCGCGUGAAGAAAAGAUUAAAUACAUUAAGUUGUGAAUUAAUUUCAAAAAUCAGAUGUCAAUUUGACUCAAGAAAGAAUAAUUUCUCAUCUCAAUGGGUUUCAACAGGAAUAAAAACACACACCUCACCCUUUUAAGUGUAAUAUCUCUUAUUAUUACUCCUUAAACGGAUCCAAUCUUCCAAAGAAAGGUUUGUAAAGAUCCGCCAACUUGAACGGAACAUGGGCGACAAAAGAAAGUGUAUCAAGACAGCAACAGCAGCAGCAUCAUCGGCGCAACCGUACCGUCCCUUACUCCAUCUCCUGUGCGCGCAGUCUGGCGUUCCGGUUCGUGACGGCAAUGGCCAGCUGCUUCGCGCGUUCGACGAUUGCCUUGCGCUUCUUCGACGAUACACCGUGGGCGAUCUCGGCGCAGUACACACGGUUCUGCAU